AUGGAGGUGGCGCACGUGGGGCAGAACGGCGUGUCGCCGCCGGCCAAAAGGUGCGUGCUGUUCUACUGCCCGGACACGGAGGCGCUGGCGCGGAGGGUGGCGGACGCCAGCGAGAACGUGGACCUGGGGGAGAUACGCUGGAGGAAGUACAAGGACGGCUUCCCGGACCUGUUCGUCAAAGACGCGCUGAAGAUCAGGAACCGGCACGUGGCGUUCCUGGCCUCCUUCCACAACCCCUCGGUCAUAUUCGAGCAGAUAUCCGUGGUGUACGCGCUCCCCAGGCUCUUUGUUGGGUCCUUCACGCUGGUGCUCCCGUUCUUUCCCACGGGGACAUCGGAGCGGGUUGAGGCUGAGGGUGAUGUUGCAACGGCAUUCACGUUGGCAAGGAUAUUGUCUCAGACACCACCCUCUAGAGGGGGUCCCACCAGCCUAGUUAUAUUUGACAUUCAUGCCUUGCAGGAGCGUUUCUAUUUUGGCGAUGCAGUCCUCCCAUUGUUUGAGAGCGGGAUUCCUCUCCUGCUGGACAGAUUAAAGCAGCUGCCAGAUGCUGAGAAUGUAACAAUUGCAUAUCCAGAUGAGGGAGCAUGGAAACGUUUUCAUUGCAUGUUUGAAGGCUACCCAGAGGUUGUGUGCAUCAAAGUGAGGGAUGGGGACAAGAGGAUUGUCCGUCUCAAGGAAGGAGCCCCACAAGGCAGACACGUGGUGAUCGUGGAUGACCUUGUACAGACAGGUGGUACCCUCAGUGAGUGCCGAUCGCUGCUGACCUCCCUUGGAGCUGCACAUGUAAGCGCCUAUGUGACACAUGCAGUAUUCCCUGAAGAAUCCUGGAAGAGGUUUCAGCAGAAAGAAGGCGAGGAAGCAGCUAGCUUCAAGUACUUCUGGAUCACAGAUUCCUGCAGUAAGACAGUGAGCGCAAUUGCAAACACGAAGCCCUUCGAAGUGCUGUCCCUUGCUGGUGCCAUUGCCCGCGCACUGGAAAUUUAG